UGCUUUUUCCAACUUAUCGAACGUCUUCCACGAGCACUGAGGACAGUACACAACCCUUGAGUUCAGCAUAUUCGGUGAAUUGCGAUAUUCAAGCGUUCUGAGCCAAACAUGCCCGGCGAAGUCAUCGAUCGGCCCAAUCCGGAGCCGAUACCCUCACAUCUGCCCGACCAGGUCUUAUCGCUCAAUGUCAAGAUCGAGAAGCAGACGUUGCCGGAAGAUGCGAACAAGGUAUUGAAGGAAUUUAGGCGUGCGGCGUGCUAUAUCGCUGCUGCAAUGAUAUUCCUCAAAGACAAUGUACUGCUGGAGGAAGAUCUGUCGUUCGACCAUGUGAAGCCACGGCUUCUCGGUCACUGGGGGACAUGCCCCGGACUUAUCCUCGUCUAUUCGCAUCUGAACUACCUCAUUCAGAAACACGAACUGGAUAUGAUCUACGUUGUGGGACCAGGCCACGGCGCGCCAGCGAUUCUGGCUUCCCUAUGGCUAGAGGGGUCAAUGGGCAGGUUCUUUCCACAGUAUAGCCGCACUAAGGAAGGACUACACAACCUCAUCACAAAGUUCUCCGUGCCCGGAGGCCCGCCAAGCCAUAUCAAUGCUGAAACCCCAGGCGCGAUCCACGAGGGAGGCGAGUUGGGAUACGCUCUAGCUGUGAGUUUUGGCGCUGUCAUGGAUAAGCCAGAUCUUGUCGUGACCUGCGUCGUUGGUGACGGUGAGGCCGAGACCGGCCCUACCGCUACAGCAUGGCAUGGCUACAAAUACAUCGAUCCUGCGGAGUCUGGGGCUGUCAUCCCGAUUGUCCAUGUUAACGGAUUCAAGAUUAGCGAACGGACCAUAUAUGGCUGCAUGGACAACAAGGAACUCACAGCACUCUUCACCGGAUAUGGGUAUCAGCCGCGGUUCGUUGAGGAUCUCGAAGAUAUCGACGCAGAUCUGGGAAACUCGCUCGGGUGGGCCCUCUCAGAGAUUCGGAAAAUCCAAAAGGCGGCUCGCUCCGGCAAGCCAAUCUUCAAACCCCAAUGGCCGGUCAUAAUCAUGCGGACUCCAAAGGGCUGGAGUGGACCCAAGAAGGUGGGCGAUGAGUUCAUCGAGGGCUCGUUCCAUGCCCACCAAGUGCCGCUUCCGAAGGCGAAAUCAGGCGAGAGCCAACUGGGAGAUCUCAAGAAGUGGUUAAAGUCUUAUGCACCUGAAGAGCUUUUCGACGAGGACGGGACGCUGGCGAAGGAGAUUCUCAGCAUCAUCCCUGCCAAAGACGAGAAGAAAAUGGGGCAGUUGAAAGAUACCUACGACCCGUACGUUGGAAUCACAGUUCCAGACUGGAUGGAGCUGGGCGUGGAGAAAGGCACUGAAGCGUCGUCAAUGCAACAAUGCGGACAGCUCAUGGAUAAGGCUUUCCAAGCCAAUCCAAAGACUCUACGGAUGUUCUCACCCGAUGAGUUAGAGAGUAACAAGCUGAGCGCCGUGUUCAACAAUACCGGACGGAACUUUCAGUGGGACGAGUUCUCGAACGCUCGAGGUGGCCGUGUGAUCGAGAUCCUGUCAGAGCACUGCUGCCAGGGCUUCAUGCAGGGCUACACCUUGACCGGACGGACUGCGCUGUUUCCGUCGUACGAGAGCUUCCUGGGCAUUAUUCACACCAUGAUGGUUCAAUAUGCGAAGUUUGGGAAGAUGGGUAUGGAGACAAACUGGCGCCGGCCCAUCGCUAGCAUUAACUAUAUCGAGACGUCGACCUGGACACGGCAAGAGCACAAUGGCUUCAGCCAUCAGAAUCCGUCCUUCAUUGGCGCCGUACUGAACCUCAAGCCCAACGCGGCUCGCGUCUAUCUUCCGCCGGAUGCAAAUUGCUUCCUCUCUACGCUCGCUCACUGUCUUCGGUCGAAGAACUACGUCAAUCUUAUGGUCGGCUCGAAACAACCUAGCGCAGUAUUCCUGAGCCCGAAAGAAGCCGACAGCCAUUGCCGUGCCGGUGCCUCGGUCUGGGAAUUUGCAAGCACAGACAAGGGCCUAAAUCCGGACGUGGUCCUGGUUGGUAUCGGCGCCGAGCUCACGUUCGAAGUUGUCAAGGCGGCAGAGCUUCUCCGUGAACUCAUCCCCGAACUAAGAGUCCGAGUGGUCAACGUGACAGACCUCAUGGUGCUAGAAACGGAGGGCCUCCACCCCCACUCCCUCACCAAUGAGGACUUCGACUCUCUGUUCACGCCGGACCGAUCAAUCCACUUCAACUACCAUGGCUACGGCGCGGAGCUUAAAGGCCUGCUCUUUGCUCGGCCCGGUACGGACCGAAUGACCAUCGAAGGAUACCGCGAAGAAGGAUCUACGACUACUCCAUUUGACAUGAUGCUCGUCAACCACGUUUCGAGGUUUCACGUCAUGGAAUACGCGAUCCGUGGUGGGGCCAAGGUGAACGAAACGGUUAGGGUCAGGCUUGUCCCGCUCCUUGCGGAGUUGAAGCAUCGCGUUCAGAAAACAAGGGAGUAUAUCUUCAAAUGGGGCACGGAUCCUGAAGAGACUUAUGAUCUAGAGAUGCUGAAAGGGGCUGGCGGCGGCGAGGUGAUGUACGAGGGCUGAGCCUGACCUGCAACAUUUCUGCGAGCAGAUGGCCAUAGAAGCACUACAGGACUACUUUUACCAAGUACCGUUUCGGGCUAGCGAACUUUGCGGCGUGGGUGCAAGGUUGUCGGAGUUCACUCACGAACGUAUUUGAGGUACCUAGGUACAUAUCCACUUCUGCUGAAUCUUAAUAAUAUGAUUUGUCUCAAUGA